AUGGAUCCGCUACUGUCCUCUGCAUAUACUCCUCCAACACCUCAUUUCGAAAGACCGAAAGCGUGGAUUGAUUUGCUGCUCCAAACUGUCAAUAAAUAGUCGGGGAAUCCCCAAGAUUUCGCUGAUUCCAUAAACCAUCCGCUUUUAUGUUCAACAUAUUGCAUAGGUGAACUCAGCGAACAACCCGGAACUCGUUCCCUGGAAAUUUAAACGUCACUCGCUCAGCCAGCGCAGCACAUCAAUUAACACUUGUAAUUUACCACUGCAUGCACACCAAUCAAUGCGGCCUGCAUGGAUACCUGUUUCGCAAUUCUACAUGUACAGUUAGAUAUACUCAUGGGCUAAAAAUACCGCGGCAUGACAAGUGUUCAAACCUGACUGUGAUCGGCGGGAAGUACAAUAUAUUAUUCACGUUUCGAGACUCGAUCAGAUUCUAAACUUGGAGGAAAGUUGUGAUAUUUAUUUCUGUGGUACAUCAUUUUGAAGAACAACCGGAGAUAUGUCGGGGGAAGAGAGAGCAGAACAAAUUCAGCGAGAAUUAUUCAAAAACAUCAGCGCUGAAAUAACAGACCGGGAACUCGACGACAUCAAGCAGGAACUGAAACAGAAGGCUUUCGGUGGAUUCAAAGCAGGAGAGAUUCAAAGGGAGCUUAAAACAACCGAUGAUGUUUUAGAAAAAUUAAAGAGAAAAGGCAAGAUUAAAAUUGGUGAAUAUGGAAUAUUGCGGAAGCUCGCGGAUGCCAUUGAUUCACAGCCGCUUCGGGAUUAUGUAACUCAAGCCGAGAAUUCUUUAAUUGCAAUACGCUGGCCUGUAAAGCAUCCAGAACUUGAUUCCCCUAUGGACAACCAUGGCGGGUACCCCCCGCAACAGCCUUUCCCCCAUCCACCCCCAUAUGACCCUCGUAGCUACCAACACAGUUCGAUGGGACCUCCUCAGCAUCCUGUGCAUCAUGCUGCACCCCACCAACAGUACCCUAACUACCCAGACAGUCUGAUGAGACCGCCCACUCAGCCUGCGCCUCGUGCUUCACCAAGCCACCAGAUCCCCUACCAACAGGGUGGUAUAGCGCCCUCCCACAUGGCCCAACCUACAAACCCUCAGUACUCACACCAAGGUGGUUGGACGGGAGCUCCUCAGCAGCCAGCUCCCCAAUCAUACUCACCCUCAGUUGCUGAUGGGCAGUCAAGAGCAGGUUCAGCUACAUCCGGACAAUAUGCAGAUGGGAACAUCCCGUUUGACUGUCGCACUGAAUACGAGCCCGGGCGUGGCUUUGUGCUCUUUAUCAACAACUUUUUCAUUGGAAAAUCAGAUCACCGGAGGGGUGCUGAGGCUGAUGAGAAAAACGUCCGUCAUCUGUUUGAAAAUGUCCUCAAGGGAUUUCACCUUCAGUACGAGCAAGAUGUACCCCUGAGAGAGCUUAAGGAGUACUUGAAAGCCCUGAAGAAUACACUUUCGACGGGUCACUACAAGAGCUUCAUUUUUAUUCUCGGUUCUCAUGGAGAACCAAAGGAUGGAGCUGACAGGCGCAUGAAGGAUGCAGUACUCAUGGCUGAUGGUGAUUGGAUGUUGGUUGAGGAAAUUGUCAGCAAUUUCCAUGGAGACCAGAUACCAGCAAUGAAAAACAAGCCAAAGGUCUUCAUUAUCCAAUCCUGUCGUGGGAAAGAGUUGCAGAGAAGUGUAUCUUUGUCUGAUAGCCCUGCGGAAAUGUCUAAUCCAGGGAUGAUGAACUAUCCCCAGCCAGCCGUCACGACCCGCCCCGUCAACUCUGACAUUCUUAUUGCGUAUGCAACCUCUGAAGGAAUGAAGGCGUGGCGCAAUGAGGAAGAAGGAUCCUGGUUCGUGAAAGACCUUUGUGAUGUCAUCACGGAGUAUUACGACAAAGAACACAUUCUAGAUAUCCUUGUACGUGUCAACAGCCUGAUGGUGUGGCGAGAAGCAACUCAAGACCGUGGAAAACAGAUGCCGUGCUUUGUGUGUACAUUCACCCGGCGGUUCAAGCUUGCAUAUGCUAAAAAGUAAGGUGAUACUGCUAUGGAUAAAAAGGUUUGAAUCUGAGGUAAAGGAGCAAGUCUGAGGUACCUUGAGGUAAUUUGAUCCACUUGCAUAAAAGGUGUACCAUCUCCCUUUAGUCUGAUAGGAUAUUGGUAAAAUUUCAUAUUGGUCCUAAUGUCCAUCGGUGCUAUCUUCAAUUUGUACUAAUGUCUAACGGUACCAUCUCCAAUUGGUCAAACAGUCCAUCGGUAUCAUCUUACAUUGGUCCUAAUGCCCAUCGAUUCCAUCUUGCAUUGGUCAGACACUCCAUUGGUACCAUCUUCCAUUGGUGUCUGACAGUUCAUUGAUACCAUCUUCCACUGGUCCUAAUGCCCAUCGGUUCCGUCUCCCACUGGUCAGAGUCCAUUUGUACUAUCCCAAUUGAUCAGGCAGUCCAUUGUUACCAUCUCCCAAAGGUCCGAUAGGCCAUUGGUACCAUCUACCAUUUGAAACAGUCCAUUGUUACCAUUACCCAUGUCAGACAGUCCAUUGGUACCAUCUCGCAUAGGUCAUACAGUCCAUUGGUACCAUUUCCCAUGUCAGACAGUCCAUUGGUACCAUCUCACAUGGUUCAUACAGUCCAUUGGUACCAUUUCCCAUUGAUCAGACUGUCCAUUUGUAACAUCUCCCAGUGGUCCAACAGUCCAGUGGUACCAUUACCCAUGUCAGACAGUCCAUUGGUACCAUCUCGCAUAGGUCAUACAGUCCAUUGGUACCAUUUCCCAUGUCAGACAGUCCAUUGGUACCAUCUCACAUUGUUCAUACAGUCCAUUGGUACCAUUUCCCAUUGAUCAGACUGUCCAUUUGUAACAUCUCCCAGUGGUCCAACAAUCCAGUGGUACCAUUACCCAUGUCAGACAGUCCAUUGGUACCAUCUCGCAUAGGUCAUACAGUCCAUUGGUACCAUUUCCCAUUGAUCAAACUGUCCAUUUGAAACAUCUCCCAAUGGUCCAACAGUCCAGUGGUACCAUUACCCAUGUCAGACAGUCCAUUGGUACCAUCUCCCAAUGAUAAACAGUCCAUUGGUACCAUCUCCCAAUGAUAAAACAGUCCAUUUGUAACAUCUCCCAAUAGUCCAACAGUCCAGUGGUACCAUUACCCUGUCAGACAGUCCAUUGGUACCAUCUCCCGCAAUGAUAAAACAGUCCAUUGGUACCAUCUCCCAAUGAUGAAACAGUCCAUUUGUAACAUCUCCCAA